CCACGCCUCACGGCCGGGGAGUCUCCGACCCAGUUCACCUGAGCCCGGCAAGGGACAUGGUGACCCUGGCGAGGGGUGCGAGCCCGCAAGAUCGAGGGCUUCAUGCGGAAGGGGGAGCAAGUCCGGCCGAGCGCUCGACGGCCUCUACGUUCAGAAACAAGGCGGAGGCGCGCCCGGUGCUGUCAUUAGUUUCAGGCCAGUGAAAAGCGGCUGGGGCUACACCGUCAUGGGAGAGACCAGUAGAGAUGAGUAUAAAAUCCAGUCUUUUGACGCAGAAACCCAGCAGCUGCUGAAGACCGCACUCAAAGAUCCAGGCGCUGUGGACUUGGAGAAAGUGGCCAAUGUGGUUGUGGACCAUUCUCUGCAGGACUGUGUGUUCAGCAAGGAAGCAGGACGGAUGUGCUACGCCAUCAUCCAGGCGGAGAGUAAACAAGCAGGCCAGAGUGUCUUCCGGCGCGGGCUCCUUGACCGGCUGCAGCGGGAGUAUCAGGCCAGGGAGCAGCUGCGAGCUCGCUCCCGGCAGAGCUGGGUGUGCUAUGUCACCUUCAUCUGCAGCAUCUUUGACUACUUGAGGGUGAACAACAUGCCCAUGAUGGCCCUGGUCAACCCUGUCUAUGACUGUCUCUUCCAGCUGGCUCAGCCUGAGAGUCUGAGCAGGGAAGAGGAGGUGGACUGCCUGGUGCUACAGCUGCACCGGGUUGGGGAGCAGCUGGAGAAGAUGAACGGGCAGCGCAUGGAUGAGCUCUUUGUCCUAAUCCGGGAUGGCUUCCUGCUGCCGAUAGACCUUAGCUCCCUGGCCCGGCUGCUGCUGCUGGAGAUCAUCGAGUUCCGGGCGGCUGGCUGGAAGACCACUCCUGCUGCCCAUCAGUACUACUACAGCGAGGUUCUGGACUGAGCGAGGCCACACCUUUCUAUGACCCCCCUUUCCUCCCUCUGGAGCUGUGGAGAAAACAGACCUGGUCCCUGGCUGGAGACUGCCCAGCUUCCCUCUUCCUCCAAGUCUUUUCAGCUUCUGCCUGGGCCAGGCAGGAAAAGGCAACUCCUAACAACCACUGGCGCAAUACUACUUUACUACCUUGGUGCCUCAGUUUCCCCAUCUGUAAAAUGGGCCGCUGGUGGGAUGCUCUGGGACAUUAAGGGCAGCAGAGUUACAAACGACCUGAGGAAGUGUUCUCUACAUUUUGUACAGAGACACUGUGGAGAGGCCUGCAUCUUCCUGUCCGUUUCCAUCAGCGACAGGGCCUCGCCAGGUCAGGGGGAGGGUUUCUAAUAAAUCUUUUCUGUAACCAAA